AUGGCCAAUUCCACCCGGGUCACAGGGUUUCUGCUUGAGGUCUUUGCUGACGGGUGGGGGGUUCGAUUCCUGCUCACGGUGCUGUUCCUACUCCUGUACACCGGCACCCUGCUGGGGAACCUGCUCAUCGUCACCAUCACCACCGUGGACCGCAGCCUCCACUCCCCCAUGUACUUCUUCCUCAGGAACCUCUCCGUCCUGGACAUGUGCUACAUUUCUGCCACUGUCCCCAACGCCUGUGUCAACUCCCUCACUGACAACAGGGCCAUCUCGGCAGCUGGGUGCGCAACGCAGAUCUUCUUGGUCAUCUACUGUGCCUACGUGGAGGUGCUGUUCCUCACCUCCAUGGCCUGGGACCGCUACGUGGCCAUCUGCCAGCCCCUGCACUAUGCGGUGAUCAUGAGCCCACGCGUGUGUGUCCAGGCCACGCUGGCCGCCCUGCUCAGUGGCCUCAUCUAUGCAGGUGUGCACACAGGCUCCACAUUUCGGCUGUCCUUCUGCCGGUCCCGCGUGGUCCGCCAGUUCUUCUGUGACAUCCCAUCCUUGCUCCAGCUCUCCUGCACAGACACCUUCAGUAACAGCCUCCUGGUUUUUGUCUCAGCCACUGGGGUGGUUGGCACCUGCUUCGCCCUCAUCACCAUGUCGUACGUGCGAGUAUUUUCUACAGUGUUGAAGUUUCCAGCCCGAGAGCGAGGAAAGGCCUUCUCCACCUGUGUCCCGCACCUUCUCGUGGUGACUGUCUUCCUGAGUUCUGGUGCGUACGUGUACCUGAGGCCCUCAGGACACUCUGAAAUGACUCGGGACAUGAUUCUGUCUGUCUUUUACACCAUCGUGCCUCCGUUCUUGAACCCUAUCAUCUAUAGUCUUAGAAACCAACAGAUUAAGGCAGCCAUAAGGAAAAUAACAUUGAGAAACGAGUACCUGCGAGGUGACAGGUGA